AUUUAGCUGACAGGGAUUCCCGGAACAAGCAAAGAAAAUGAACUGGAAGUUUAAUUUUUUCGUUGCUUUUCUUAUUAUUUUAUUAUUAGAAUUAAGUUAUAUAGAUGGACGAAGGGGUGGUGGUGGUGGUAGAGGUGGAAACAGAUCCAGUUCAAGAUCCAGUAGGGUAAGGUCAAGUUCAAGUAGAAGUUCUUCAACUGUACGUUAUUACAGGGGGCCUACAUAUAGGACAGGGUCAUGGAAGACUGCAGCAGCUGUUGGGACAGUUUUCGGGCUAAUGAGCUACAAAAGACGCAGUCUUUAUCACAGAUAUCCUAAUAGAGAACCAAGGAUUUGUUACAAUGAGAAGAAUCUCAGGAAUCAUACGUAUGGAUAUUUUAUCUGUCCCGAGGAAUAUCAGACUGAUGACCUGGCUUACUGUUGUGGUGGUGAGACUGAACAAAGAUGUUGCAAAUAUACUGACAAGUCAGCUGAGGGGCGUAUAGCUGGUAUAGUGAUAGGCGUGGUUGUAGGUUGUAUUGUCAUAGGAGUGGUGGUAUAUUGUGUCUGCAUCAAAAAGAGGCGUCAACAAAAACAAGGCAAAGGCGGAGUUAUUCUAGCAACUAAAUCUCCAGCUGGUGGAAAUGUCCAUAUAACAGAGCAGCAACCACUUAAUCCAAAUGUACCCGGACAACAGUUCCCUAUGCAGCCAGGCUUCGGUCCCCAAACACCUUACAAUGCCACUCAAGCUUAUGACCCAAAUGCUGGUGGGCUUCCAUACUCUAUUAAUCCAGGAGCUCCAGGAACAACACCACUUCCACCACCAGGAGAUCCAGGGAUGUAUCCACCACCAGGAGAGCCAGGGAUGUAUCCUCCACCCCAGGGUCCUACUCCCUACCCACCAACUCAAGAUCAACCCCCGUAUGCAGGGGCCCCUGCUCCUAUUGGAUUUAAAGAGUCAGAGCCAUACCCACUAGAGUCAAAGUCAGGGCCUUACCCACCUCCAUCCCUAGGCCCUGAGGCAUACCCACCGCAACCCUUAGGACCUGAAGGAUACCCUCCGCAACCACCCCCAGGACCUGAAGGAUAUCAACAAUCAUCACAACCAUAUGGAUACCCUGCUGCCCCAGGGGCAACACCUUCAGCACCUCCACCGUCCUAUGAAGCAACUCAAUAGAUGUGUUUGAUGAACUAUCUGGAAUAUACAGUAACAUAACUCGAGUUUGAAAAACUGUCUUUCUAAUUAUUAUUCUAUACAUUAAAAUAUCUGCUGAUUUACAUACACUGAUAUCUACAUAGAAAUAUCUGCUUGCUGAGGAAGACACAGUGUCACGAUUGUUCUUAAGUAAAUGGGUCAACACAUAUAUUGUUGAGUCAAGC